GGAAUAGUGAAGCGGUAACAUCAAGCGCGAUGAAUCCCAUGAAGGGUCUCAGACGAGUCUACUUAUUGCCGCAACAACUGCCAGAAGGAGCGGCUGCACGGGUGUUGGAAAACACCAAAAUGGUCUUGCGAACCUUUGCCCAAACGUUCUUGGUAAGGAUGCUUUCACCCAGUACCGAAAUGCAAUCGCAGUUCUGGUGUCAAUGUUCCCCUGCGUUUGGCAGAUUCUUGCAAACGAUUGGGGAAACGCCUUUGUUGGUCAGUCUAGCUUUGCCUUUGGCUCGGGAAUUGGCAGUGGCUUCGAAGCCUAGUGGCGGGUUGUGGUUCGCUGACACUGCGUUGCAACUAGUGUCGAUCUUGAUGCGUCAGUGUCGGGACAACAAGGAGUAUGUGGAUGAGGGGCUGGUGUUGGGUACUUUAGAAGGGCUUGCGGCACCGGGGACAACCGUGGUAGCAGCAAAACGUACGGGUGCAGAGCAAUUCUUGUCGGAAUUGUUGACGCACUUGUUGCGCGCUACUUUCACGGAAUUUCGUCACGACGUUGGGAGGAAAUUGAGUGUGCUGUUUGACGUUACAGUUUAUUUCGGCAGUGCUGGAGCAGGUGGAGGACAUAAUACUUCUGGAGGAAGUGGCGAAACCGCUAAGAGAGGAAUGCUCCCCUCGUCGAUUUCUCAGCAAUCUAGUAGUGGCAGCGGAACUGCACGCUUGCAUUUGAUCACGGGAAGAUGCUUCACACUCCUUUCGCCAACUCCAAGAACAAGGACGAUCAGUCGAGAUUACAUUGCGAGAUUAGCCCAUGAAGCUCUGUCCGUACAAGGAGGCGCCCGACUUUUCGACACUUUGCCGUUGAGCGCACAGAUACGAGGGUUAGUAGCGUCUGUGGUUUCAGCUUCAGGCUCGGGAGGGUCUUCUUCUAGUACAACUUCUAACUCUUGUCCAGCAAAAACGCAACCACCAGCUGCAGUGGCCCUUGAAGCGGCAAAACAGCAUUUGCGCCUAGUAGCUAAUGGAGGUUUUUCGCCUGAUGAAAUCUUUGUGGAGUUUUGUUCCGCCGUUUUGGCUUGCGUUGGAGAGCUACCUGCGAACUUCCAAAGCAUACCACUAAAUCAGAGAGGAACCUGGAUGGAACAAGUGUUGGAAGGUUGCAGUACCUCAAGGAUUCGAAACGGCGUUAAUAAUAAUGGAGGUUCUUCUUCUAGUUCUACUGUUCUUGGCAAUAAUAUUGGUCUGUUGACGACCACCUUGAGUGGGAGCAGCAGUAGUAGUAGUUCAUCCUCGUCGGGGUCAUCAGCGUUGGCAUCAUCGUCAUCUUCCUCAACCAAUACUGUGGUUCCGGCCCAACGAUUAAUCGAAGCGUGUACAACAGCUUUAAGCGUCGGCGCAGGUCAAAACACCGCUUUCCUUCUGCAAGCACUCACUUUCGUUUUGGCUUUGCUAGCUUCUAGUGGUAGUGGGUGUAGUCAUGCAGAGUCUGCAGAAAGUACAGACCCACUAGAACAGCAGGGACAGCAGCACGUAACAGCCAUGGAACUAAACCCUUUGAGAUGUGCCUUGCAUUUCUUAGACUGCGUCCUAGAUCUACCUGCCGUGCAGCUUCUCUCCUUGUUGUUUGCGGAAUCUUUCAGUUCGGUGAUGCUGGAAGCGAAAGUGGAAGACGCUGUGACGGGCACAAAUGCAACAAGCGGGUCAACAUCAUCUGCUCCACUUAAUACAUACCUCUCCCUCCUUCAAAAGUACCAAGAGAAAAGCUAUGGGGCAACCUGUGUUGGUGUUGUUUUACUGCGUGCCUUGUUUUUGGGGAUACACGAAACUGUGCCUGGCUCUUUACACGGAGAUAUCAUGGCGAUUGUGGUGAAGCUAAGAAGCAGGCUGACCGCCAUAGACAACAACUUGGAGCUGAUGAACCAAGAAAAUCAGAAUCCGGGAGACACGAACUCAAGCUUUGAUUGCGUGUCAUUGGGAGGUGGCAAUCCUUUUGCCUCAUCCGGAUCUGCCACACCAAGUACGAGCUCAGUAACAACCGGUCCAGGACAUCCCAACUCCGGUGCGGAGUCCAUGUUGCCGCUCUUCGGUUUACUAGUCAUAGACGCAGUAGCCGGAAUGCCAAUGCUGUGGUAUAGGGGUCCGAACGUAAGACAGACGUUUGUACGGGACUUAUUGAAUGUAGAUACUGCCAAUGGGCCGCAAACGAAACCUUCCGCUAAGAGUACUCAAUUUGCGAAGACGACACUGAAGAAAUUCUUACAGCCUCCGGCAUCACCGAGGCUUGGGGGUGGUGCUGAGAAAAGAUGAUCAUCGAGUACUGUACGCAGCCUUUACUUCUAGUUAAAUUACGGGGAAAAGUACAAUCUGCGCAAGCAAUUAUGAAAAUUGUUUCCGACAAUGAUCGGAGCAAGGUGAAUCCCUGAUUCCACCUCUUUGUGUACUUCUAAUGUAUAUCUCUUCACACGGCGACGCCCAAAUCUAACGAAACUUUUUUGAAAUCAUACUCCUAGCGACCACACUUCUUUCCUCAAACGACACACGCGACAUUGCAAUAUUCAUCAACGCACCUAAUUUAUCUGACUUGAAAAUAGUUCAUCUUGGGAGAAGAUCUCAUGACGCAAGGAAAAAGAUGAAGAGUG